ACGCCUCCCUCAUCCUCUCGUUAAUUGCCUGUCGUCGUCGUCGGCUUCGCUCCGUCGUUGCAUCCAAGCCCCAACCGGCCUCUGCGUUUACCUUGUUCCCUUUCUCACACUCGUUUGGUCCCUCUGACCACGUUACUUGCCGUCUCCGUCCUCCUCUCCGUCCUCCUUUAACCCGGCCCUGAUUCCCUACACGCGAGCAUAGCAUAGCGACACCACCUCCGAUCAUCCGCUGACCCCUUUCGACACCUCAUCGACACGUUUGCUUGGUUCCUGGUAGCCGCAGUAGAUAUCGAGUUCGGCACAUCAAUCCCCAGGGCUCACGCCCUACGCUUUGCUUUGUCCAUACAAGAUCCAUUCCUCUCUGCUCACGGCCGAUUGGGGCUUUGGCGACCAGCUCCCUUGCAUCCUUGUCGAACCAUCCCCUAAUAUACAAACGAGUCACAACAAACUUGGAACAACCUAAGAAAUAUCGCCAACUUCCAGAGAUUGUUCUGUCCGAGUUUUUAGGCAUGGUGCAAUUCAACCCGGCGCUUCAAAAUUGCCAUUGCUGAACCGAGCGCUUUCACCGUCACACGGAUUGCUCGAUCCUCUUUAUCUCCCUCGUAAUCUACCAAACAAACACGUCGUUACACCCGAGACGGGUUUUCCUCAGAGACUACUAUGGAUGCCCCCAAAUCAGCAGCUGAUGAGCUGUUGGACCUGUUAAAGAACCCAUUUAAGCAGCCCUUAUCGGAUGGCGCCAUUUGGUCUGCUCUCGGUACCUCGGUGGGUAUCACCGCCGUUACCGCUAUAAUAUUCUCCUUCGUUCGGCCUUAUAAUACCGUCAUCUAUGCUCCCAAAUUGAAGCAUGCUGAUGAGAAACAUGCGCCUCCUCCCCUGGGAAAGGGCUUCUUUGCCUGGGUCAUGCCUUUGUGGCGCACUACAGAGAAAGACCUAGUCUCGCACGCCGGUAUGGAUGCCGCCGUCUUCCUUCGGGUUAUGCAGAUGUGCAGAAACAUAUUUCUCGUGCUCUCUGUACUCGGGACUGCGAUACUUCUGCCCAUAUAUUGGGAACUCAACUCAGACAAGACUGACCAGCAGAGGUGGACUCUGAGAUUUACGCCUGCGAAUGUGUGGGGGGAACCAAUCUGGGCGCUCGUUGUCAUUGGAUACUCGUUCAAUAUAACUAUCUGCGGCUUCUUGUGGUGGAAUUACAGGCAAAUAUACAAGCUGCGACGUCUUUAUUUUGAGAGCGAGGAGUAUCAGCAGAGCCUCUCCGCGAGAACUCUGAUGUUGAAUGACAUCCCCAAGAAUAUGGCCUCAGAUGAAGGCGUUGCGAGGAUCAUUGACAGCAUGGUACCCCAGUCCUCUUUCUCUAGAACUGUUAUUGCGCGCAAUGUAAAGCUCAUCCCUAGUUUGAUCGCGCAACAUGACCAUACAGUUCGCAAACUAGAAAAGGUUCUAGCCAAGUAUCUAAGAGAUCCACAAAAUCUUCCUCCCAGUCGACCACAGUGCUACCCUUCAAAGAAGGAUCCAUCUUAUGGGACCUACCCUAAAGGUCAAAAGAUUGAUGCCAUCGAUUACUUAACACAGCGCAUUAGAGAACUGGAACUGGAGAUCAAGGAGGUCCGUAGCACACUUGACAGGCGCAAUACCUACUCCUAUGGAUUCGCCAGUUAUGACGAUAUCUCCGAAGCCCAUGCCAUUGCGUACACCUUGCGCAAGAAGAAACCUCAAGGUGCCACUGUUGUUCUUGCUCCUAAACCUAACGACAUUAUCUGGGACAACAUGAACCUCAGUCCAUCUACCCGAAGCUGGCGCCGGUUUGUAAACAACCUCUGGAUUAUUCUCCUCACCUUUUUAUGGAUCGCUCCGAACGCCCUGAUUGCUAUCUUUGUGUCAAAUCUGACAAACUUGGGCCUGGUGUGGGACGGGUUCCAAAAGCAGUUGUCUACCAAUACGGCGUUCUGGGCGAUUGUGCAGGGUGUCGCAUCCCCAGCUCUUACUUCGUUAAUCUAUCUCGUUCUUCCGAUCAUCUUCCGCCGUCUUUCGAUUAGGGCUGGCGAUCGUACAAAAACAGGCCGUGAUCGCCAUGUCGUCGCUAAACUAUACGCGUUCUUCAUUUUCAACAACCUAGUCGUUUUCUCGCUAUUCAAUGCAGUGUGGAGCUUUGUCAUAACAGUCAUCGACACAACUCAAAGUGGAUCAGAUAUUGGGAGUGCGAUCCUGAAUAGCCAGUUUUUCGAGACAUUGUUUAUUUCUCUUUGCAAUACUUCCCUGUUCUGGGUCACAUGGCUAUUGCAAAGAAAUUUGGGUGCUGCUAUAGAUCUGGCACAACUCUGGCCCUUGAUCUACAGCUUUUUCAUGCGCAAGUUUUCAAGUCCUACACCGAGAGAGAUGAUCGAGCUCACGGCUCCUCCUACGUUCGAUUAUGCCAGUUAUUAUAAUUUUUUCCUAUUUUACUCUACUGUCGCCUUGUGUUUCGGUGGUCUUCAGCCGUUGGUGCUUCCAGCUGCUGCGCUCUAUUUCUCGAUUGACGUCUGGCUAAAGAAAUACCUCCUUCUCUAUAUUUUCAUCACGAAAAACGAAUCUGGUGGUAUGUUCUGGCGUGUCAUAUAUAACCGCUUCGUUUUCGGCACCAUUCUAGCGAACUUGGUCAUCUUUCUGGCCGUAUUUCAACGGGGUGAUGGUCAGCAUAUCCAGGCGUAUGCGGUUGUUCCUCUGCCAUUCCUCAUGGUUCUUUUCAAGAUAUUCUGCGCCCGAGCCUACGACGCCAAGAUACAUUUCUAUUCAACCCAGUCUAUUACCAGGAACACCAACCCCAAUGCUCUGAAGGACCCCUUGAGAUCUAGCACUAAUCUCGCUGCACGAUUCGGCCACCCAGCGCUGUACAGGAAUCUUAUUACCCCAAUGGUACAUGCGAAGGCGCAGAACCUUUUAGCUUCAAUCUAUAAGGGCCGACUGUCGGAUGGGCGUACUGCUGAUUCAGGUGACACCAUGUCCACUUCUGGCUAUUCAGACGCAUACGCUAUGAAACCUAUGAAUUCGUCUAGGCCGGGCAAAUCUGCGGGUGUUCCUGGAUUUGAAAUUGUGCCAGAGUCGCGUCUCGAUUUUGAAUAUUAUAAAAACCGGUCAGAGUUCGCCGCGGAGCAUGGUGCUGGAGAUCUUUUCGGUCGUUCAAAUGAUAUAAUGCGCCCUGAUACGCCGGGAAGUAUGUGGAAUGGCAGCGAACCCAAUUCUCGCUCGGCAAGUCCCGCACCUCCAGUUCCUCGCAUACCGAGCCCUGGUCCGAGUCGCAUCCUAUCCCCAGCUUCAGAUGGUGGAAUGACUUAUCCGUCCGGGUAUAUACAUCCAAUGGGAAGCCCCUACACACCACCUAUUGACGUUGGGCAAGCGCGAAGCCCACUGUAUUCACAAGGGAAUGAUAGCAAUUCCAACCUAAUGAGCAACGCAGCGCCCAUGCCGGUAGCCAGUGCGCCUGGGUUCAGAGAACGUAGCGUGGAGCGACUGGGCAGGACGCCUGGCGGUGUUGGGAUGCUUGGCGGCGGUCCGCAAGGCUACGGUGGUUUACCUCAAGAGGAAAUCGCUUCUCCCGAGCAUGAUCCUAUGCAGUACAACUAUUUCCGAGAGGCGCGAAGGCCGAGGCGCGAUCACUCACAAGGAUGGUAAUUUUUUUUGCCUCAAGAAUUCCUCCAAAUGUAUAUAAAACGCGUUGUGUAUUUUUGAUGGCAUGAAUAUGGGAUGCGGUGGGUUAGUAGCAGGCGUUUUCUGGCGUUUUCUGAAUUCUGUCUGUCUAUCUGGUUUUUUUAUGGCAGGCCAUUGACAGACAUGGUGUUUCAUUUUCUUGUCACCUGGAUGAAAAGAUCAGAAGCAUUUGGAGAGCGAGAAAGACAGAUGCAUGAGGUUGAAACUGAUGAACGACGAGCAUAGAAAUCGCGUGGUGUGUAGUCUGACGCCCGAUCGAUUGUAAAGCAUUAUGCAUCAUAUCAUGUAUUGAAUUACUUAGAACCUUCUUAAUAAUAUAGUAUCCUCAGGGAAAGGCACUUGGGUGCCUUUGUCCCUGGGGUUAUAUGUUUCUUCACGCUAGAUAAAUGAGUUUGAAUAAUUAUGUUUUCUGGGUUUGGG